AUGGAUUUGGAUCUGUGGAUCUCUAAGGUCAAGGGGUGCCAACACCUCACCGAGCACGAGCUCCAGUCCCUCUACGAAUACGUGAAAGAGCUCCUCAUCGAGGAGUCCAACGUGCAGCCAGUAAACAGCCAUGUGACAGUGUGCGAAGACAUCCACAGGCAGUUCCAUGACCUGAUGAAGCUCUUUACGACCGGGGGACAUGUCCCCGAGACGAAUUAUAUUUUCGUGGGUGAUUUUGUGGACCGUGGCUUCAACGGCCUAGAGGUUUUCACAAUACUUUUGCUACUAAAAGUGAGGUAUUUAGUUAGCUUUCUGCUUGGGAUAUAUGCAGCGAUAUCAGUAACAGUUUGA